UUAUCUAUUGCAGCAAAUACAGCAGCAGAGACUGUCCAAAAGGCUGCAAACCAGGCCACAGAGGCUGGACAGAAAGCCAUGGACCACUUGAUCAAGACCACCCAGGAGGGCAUUGACAAAACAUCAGGUCAGGCUGCAGAAGCCAUUUCAAGCUUCGGGAAGAAAUACGGGCUCCAGAAAUGAUCGUCUAUGGAAAGAAGAAAAAGAAUAACCCCUCUCUCUCCUCAAGCCUGGAUCCUCACUUCUUCAUCAGGCUAGGUCAUGGCCAGGGCCGCCAUUUUGAAAUGCCCCCAUGGAGUCUGAUCUCUUAUUAAAAGAAUUCCUUUUAUGUGGAAGGAAUGGAAACCCAAA